UGCCUUCUACUUUCUUUCUCUCUUUAAACUACUUCUGUAGUUCUGUGAGGUGAAGGGGGAGAAAUACUAGAGUCUGCCUGAGAAUUCGAAUAACGGUUCCCCAAAAAUGGCGGGAAAUAGGAUUCUACAUCCGCAAACAGUUAGGAGCUUACCCAGGUAUUCUUGUCGAUUCCUCUCCUUCUCUGGUUUUAGUAAUCCAAAACCCAAGAUGAAUCAAACCCUAGAACAUUUGAAAAACACUGAGGAAUUUGAGCGUGUAACAUCUGUUUCAGAUUCAUUUAUUGUGGAAAAGAUGUUUAUGUAUCUGAAAAACCGUGAUUUUGAUUCUUUACGGCAUUUUGCCGCCUCUCGCAUGAGUCCUUCAAUUGUUGUCAAUGUAUUGUAUAAAUGUUGUGGAAAUAUACAGUUAGGUCUGAAUUUUAUUGAUUUUUUGGGGAGAAACCGGGGUUUUAAACAUACGUUGAGCACUUUAAGUGCAAUGAUUCAUAUAGCGGUAAGGGGUAGGAGAAUAUCGGAUGCUCAGGUUUUGAUACUUAGAAUGGUUAGAAAGAGUGGGGUUUCCAGGAAUCAGAUUGUAGAUUCCUUGGUUUCUACUUAUUAUGGUUGUGGUUCGAACUUUAUGGUAUUUGAUUUGUUAAUAAGGACAUAUGUGCAAGCUAGGAAGCUAAGAGAAGCUUCAGAAGCAUUUCGAAUUUUGACUCGUAGGGGAUUUUCGCCUUCGAUAAAUGCUUGUAAUAGCCUUCUUGGUGGGUUGGUAAAGGUUGAUUGGGUUGAUAUGGCAUGGGGGAUCUAUUGGGAAAUGAUUAAAAUUGGUUUACAAGUGAACAUUUAUACACUUAACAUUAUGAUUAAUGCAUUGUGUAAGGAAAGGCAAAUGGAGAACGCCAGGUCUUUUUUAUUGGAUAUGGAAAAGAAGGAGGUUUUUCCCGAUAUCGUGACGUAUAAUACCCUUAUUUGUGCACAUUGUAAGGAAGGGAACUGUGAAGAAGCUUUUGAGUUAUUGAACUCGAUGAAAGCUAAGGGCCUAAUGCCUGGCAAUGUGGCCUAUAAUUCCAUAAUAAAUUGUCUCUGCAAGAGUGGCAAAGUUGUGGAGGCUAAGAAGAUUUUGGGUGAGAUGACAAGGAUUGGGUUAAAUCCUGAUACCUCUACCUAUAAUAUAUUUCUCGGUGAGUGCUGUAGAAAAGGCAGUGUACGUGCUGCUCAACAAGUUUUUAAGGAAAUGCUGGGUCAUGGCAUUCUUCCAGAUUUAGUUAGCUUUAGCUUUCUUAUUGGGUUGUUUUCAAGGAAGGGAGAUAUCGAUCAAGCUUUUGUUUAUUUUAGAGAUAUGAGUAAUGCUGGGUUGGCACCUGACAGUGUGAUUUAUACUAUGCUUAUUGGGGGACUUUGUAAAAAUGGGAAUAUGGCAGAGGCCCUUAAGCUUCAAGAUGAAAUGACAGAGCAGGGUUUCCUUCCCGAUGUUGUUACUUACAAUACACUGUUGAAUGGAAUGUGCAAGGAGAAGAGAUUGUCUGAAGCAGAUGAGCUUUUUAAUGAGAUGGUAGAAAGAGGAAUUUCUCCUGAUUAUUACACUUAUACAACUCUUAUUCAUGGUUACUGUGGGGAUGGGAACGCAGAUAAAUCACUAGACUUGUUCGAAAUGAUGAUUGAGAGGAAUCUCAAGCCAGACGUUGUGACAUACAAUACUUUGAUCGAUGGAUUUUGCAAAGAAGGAAAUAUGGAGAAGGCUAAUGAGUUAUGGGGUGAUAUGAUAUCUCAAGGAAUAUUUCCUAAUCAUGUAUCUUACAGCAUAUUAAUCAACAGGCUCUGUAGUAAAGGACAUGUCAGAGAGGCACUUAGAUUGUGGGAUGAGAUGGUUAAAAAAGGAAUGGAGCCUAAUAUUGUGACUUUCAAUUCAGUCAUCAAGGGCUAUUGUCGGUUAGGGAAUGCAGAAAAAGCAGAUGAGUUUUUGAACAAGAUGAUUGAAGAGGGAAUCAUUCCUGAUAAAAUUACAUAUAACACUCUUAUUCACGGGCUUGCAAGAGAGGAAAACAUGGAUGGUGCUUUGGCUUUGGUUAGUAAAAUGGAGAAUAAGGGGCUCAUACCUGAUGUUGUUACAUAUAACAUUCUAGUUCAUUGUUUCUGUGUACAGGGUAGAAUGGAUGAAGCUACUGUGAUUUUCAGGAGCAUGAUUGAGAAAAAUAUAACACCCGAUAGAUCCACUUAUACGUCACUGAUAAAUGGAUAUGUUUCUAAGGACAAUGUUAAAGAAGCAUUUCGCCUGCAUGAUGAAAUGUUACAGAAGGGUUUCGUGCCAAAUGAUUAUUUCUGAUAUCUUUUAUUUUCCUUUUCUUUAGAAGUUGUGGUCCUCUAUUACAUGAUGGUGCCCUUGGUGCAGUAGAGCAAAGUUAACUUUUGCAUCUAUGCAUCUACUCAAUGAUUUCAGUGGUUUUUUUUACUGAAACUCAUAAUGGAUCUCGAGAACGUGUAGAAAAAGAAGGGGCAGAGGGUUCAGUCACCUGAUUCAGAAUGAGAAUAAGUGGACUUGUCAUGCCCACACGACUUAUACAUAGAAAUCCACAAACAUCGAGUCAAAGAGAUGUUGGUUAAGACCCCAACUAGUUUCAACUGUGAGGGGGCACUUGAAGUCGGAUGACUGGAACAAUGGUUUUGACUUAUCUUAGUAAUAACAACAGAAAAAACCUCCACUUCAACCAGCGCUGAAGUUGGGAAGAGAGUGCAAAUGGUAACAGCUUUGUUUCUCAAGGAAGAGAUUU